AUGACCACUCCACCGGCCAACUACACGCUCCAGUCCAUAGUGAUAAACCAGUUACUUACGCAAGCGAUCAAACUCGAUCCUCCCAAACCCGUACCACCAAUUUUGUGGUCGGUAUCUUUUCUUGAACCUGCCGCUGGAAUUCUAUACGUCUUGAGUUCAAUUCCAGCAAUUCGGAAAGAAGGUUUCUGGUUUUUAAAAAUCGAGAAGAAUGGCAUGGUCCGCCCCAACACUCGCACCAUAAUCCCGAUGUUCGUGCUUGUUUACAUUGUCCGUAAGUUUUUGGCAUUUCGAGUCAAGCUCGAGAUAUGGAGGACUGAAACAUUUUAUCUUUGUAUCAAAAAAGUAUACAAGGAAUAUAACGAUGCGUUCUUGACUAUCAUUAAAGGAAACCUUGAAUCCGCAACAAUACUGCAACUGAACGUCGAGGCCUUCAGAAAAAUCGCCUCUAUGCAAAAGCGCGGCAAACAAGUUCUAUUCCUCUCUCGGUUGAUCAGUAUCGGAAAUUAUGCCAGAGAUUCAACGGACGCCGGUUUCAGCUGCCUUUCACAAGUACUCUGGCGAUUCCAUGAAAGAAAAACAACGCCGGUCAUCGCUUCUAGUCGACAUGAAUAUUUCAAGCUGGCUACCGUCAUUGCGUCACGAUCCAGAUUUCCUUGA